AACAUCAUUUCAAAAGUUAUAAAUUCAUUGAACACAUCAGAAAAGAUUUCAUUUGCUAAUUUUAUUUUGUACAUAAUAAUAAUUAUAAUAAACGAACAAAAAUGAAUAAUUUACGACAAUUAAUCCAUAAAACUAAUAUUCGAGUUUUACGAAAAUAUUCUCAACAAUGCACUACAGAAGUACCAAAACCAGUUACAUUUUUAACAGAUGAUGAAAUUAUGAUGCGAGAUACUGCUGCUCGUUUAGCAACAGAAAAAAUUGGACCGUAUGUACGACAAAUGGAAAAUGAAGGGAAAGUACAUGAUUCUGUUUUAAGUAUGCUCUUCGAAAAUGGGUUGAUGGGAAUAGAAAUUGAUCCCAAAUACAAUGGAACGGGUAGCAAAUUUAUGACCUCAAUGUUAGUCGUUGAAGAACUUUCAAAAGUGGAUGCAGCCGUAGCCGCUAUGGUUGAUAUCCAUAACACCUUAGUAUGUAAUUUAGUAUCAAAACAAGCAAAUGAAGCACAAAAAGAAAAGUAUUUACCAUUAUUAGCAAGCAAAUCGGUCGCAAGUAUUUGUAUUAGUGAACCCAGUGCUGGAAGUGAUGCCUUUGCCAUGAAAACCACAGCAAGAAAAGAAGGUAGCGAUUAUGUAAUCAAUGGAUCAAAAAUGUGGAUAUCCAAUUCGGAUAUCGCUGAUGUAUUCCUGGUUAUGGCAAAUGCUAAACCUGAAAUAGGUUACAAAGGAAUUACAUGUUUUAUUGUUGAACGAAACACACCCGGUUUAACCGUUGGUAAACCUGAAAACAAAUUAGGAAUCGUUGCAUCUGGAACGUGUCAAGUACAUUUUGAUAAUGUUCGAGUACCUGAAACAAAUAUUCUAGGUAAAUUCGGUGAUGGUUACAAAUAUACAGCGGAUAUUUUAAAUGAAGGACGAAUUGGAAUCGCAGCUCAAAUGUUGGGUAUAGCCGAAGGAUGUUUUAAUGCAACAAUUCCAUACACAUUAGAGCGUAAACAGUUUGGAGAACCUAUUUUCAAAUUCCAGGGAAUGCAAUAUCAAAUUGCCCGGACAGCAACUGAAAUUGAAUGUGCGCGUAUGAUGGUGUACAAUGCAGCACGAUUACAAGAGCAGGGUCUCGAACAAGAAGUUCGAAAACAUGGUGCUAUGGCGAAAUUAUUUGCAUGUGAAGUUGCACAAAGAACUACAAUCAACUGUAUUGAUUGGAUGGGUGGUGUUGGUUUCACAAAAGAUUUUCCACAAGAAAAAUUCUAUCGUGAUUGUAAAAUUGGUUCCAUAUAUGAGGGAACAUCGAAUAUGCAAUUGAGUACGAUUGCGAAGUUUAUUGAAAAAGAGUUCAAACAAUAAAAUUUUAAAUAAGUAAAA